UGAAUGUCGCUUGGUUGUCUGACUCUGGGAUUUCUGUCAAUGAAUGAGCAAUACCGGAUGGUGUAGAUCAUAGAUGGUUAACUGCACUGGAAGUAGCUUUGGAAGUUUGCAUCCACAGGAAUUUCGGUCAGCAGUCCCACUUGUUUCCAUCCGGCCAGCUGUCGUCUCUUUGCAGCUCAACUGACUCUCCCACUUUUGGAGGUGGUUUUCCCAUUGACGGUGGAGGAGACAUCAACCCUAGCAACAUGCCGAAGAACUACAAGGGCAAGAGGAACAAUCCCAAGGAGGUUCUCGUGGGUGAAGAAAUCAAGAUAUCAGUCAACAUCGCUAUUCAAGAAUUUAGACAUAAUGAGACUAAAAAAGAGCUAGAGUUUCCAUCUUCUUUGAACAACACAGAGAGAGCCUACAUUCAUGGCCUGGCCCAAAAUUUUGGACUGAAAUCUAAAAGCAAAGGCAAAGGAGCCAGUCGAUACUUGACCCUGUUCAAGAAGGAGAAGAAUAAACAAGGCAGCAUAGCAACAUUUGAUCUCACCCGAGAUUCACGUAAUGAGUCCCACGGUCUACUCCAACGCUUCCCAGUCAACCAGAGAGAGAGGUUAGAGCUUCAGCCUAGGAUGGAGAGAAGACGCUAUGGUGUACCUGGUGGACAACCCAGAGAAACACCAAAAACCACUGGUCGGCUCAACAACGGCAUUGCGCAAACCCCAGCAAAGAGGGCAGGCUCUGAUCUUGACUCGUUCCGGCAGACGCUACCGGUGUACUUGAUGAAGGAUGAGAUCAUGCAAGCCAUCAAUCGACAGAGAGUCGUCAUGAUCUCUGGAGAGACUGGAUCGGGAAAGACAACUCAGAUUCCGCAGUUCAUCCUAGACGAGUCUUUCCAGCAGAAGCAGAGUUGUCGUAUCCUGUGCACUCAGCCUCGUAGACUGUCUGCUUUGUCUAUUGCUGAGAGGGUCGCUGCAGAGAGAGGGGAAAGUAUCGGCCAAGCUGUUGGGUAUCAGAUCAGACUGGAGAGUAGGGUCUCACCUAAGACAGUGUUGACGUUCUGCACCAAUGGAGUUCUGCUUCGGACAUUGAUGGCAGGUGAUAAUGCACUGCAGUCUGUCACACACAUUAUCGUGGAUGAGAUACAUGAACGAGACCGCUUCUGUGAUUUCCUACUGAUCCAACUGCGAGAGGUCAUGGUCAGAUUGAAGCAUUUAAAAGUCAUUCUCAUGAGUGCCGCUCUGGAUACGGAGCUCUUCGUUCGAUACUUCAACAACUGCCCUCUGGUUUCGGUUCCUGGUAAAAUCUUUGAGGUGGAGGAACUCUUUCUUGAGGAUGCACUAAAAUGCACGGGGUACACUAAUGAUAGAAUGCAGAAAUUCAUCAAGGAAAAGUCCAAGUUGGCUAAACAGCAGAGUCAGCUGAAUGAGUGGUAUGAAGAGCCCAGCGUAGUCAAAGGAGCUGCUUCAAGGAACGAGGAUGGAGUCGGUAAAAUAACCAGGGACCUCUCUGCAACUGGGCUGGGCGGGGGUUCGAACUCCAACAAGGCAUUGCUUGAUGCAUCUGUGGAUGUAGCAGACAUGCCAGAUUGGUUGCAGAAGGACAUGGAUAGCGCCCUCGGUGACUGCUGGCUGAAAGGCACCGAGGAGGCGUUUGCGCAACUCAUGCAUCUUGUACUGGAGGAGAACGUCAGUGCUGACUAUGCCCACGCUGAGACCAGCGCUACCGCCCUAAUGCUUGCAGCAGGUAGAGGCAAUGUAGAAAUCGUAGAGAGAUUGCUAAGCUUAGGAGCUAAUGCUACACAGAGAGCUUCAAAUGACAUGACUGCAAUAGACUGGGCCAAGAAAUUCAACCAGACUGAUGUUGUAGAAGUUCUUCAGGCUCACAUCACCAACACUCAGACAGAGACAGAUUUUGAGACGGACCUUAUCGAGGACAGUUCAGACAUCACUGCCGAGGACAAAGAGUUACUCCAGGCGUACCAUCACAGCUUCGAUGAUGAGAGAGUCGACAUAAAACUCAUCAUUGCAUUACUCACCUACAUCUUAGAUAACUCUGAAGAAGGUGCAAUCCUCGUCUUCUUGCCCGGGUAUGACGACAUUGUGUCCCUUCGAGACACCUUACUCAGCGAUGACAGCAUGUUCUCGGAUAGUAGUCACUACCAAGUCUACACACUCCACUCCUCGAUGCAAAGCUCUGAUCAGAAGAAAGUAUUCAGGAAAUCCGUCGUUGGAGUCCGCAAAAUUGUUCUUUCUACAAACAUUGCAGAGACGAGUGUAACCAUCAAUGAUGUUGUGUUUGUCAUUGAUUCUGGAAAGGUCAAAGAGAAAUCAUUUGACGCUCUGACUUCUGUGUCCAUGCUGAAGAGCAACUGGAUCUCAAAGGCCAGCGCUAAGCAGAGAAAAGGAAGGGCUGGUCGCUGUCGCCCAGGUAUGUGCUUCCACCUGAUGAGUAGAGUUCGUUAUAAGAGUCUGGCAGCCUUCCAGACGCCAGAGAUUCUCCGGCUGCCUCUACAGGAGUUGUGCCUACACACAAAACUCUUGGCACCAGUCAACAUGACCAUUGCUGAGUUCCUCUCCAAAGCGGCAGACCCACCAGCAAUUCUCAUCGUCAAGAAUGCCGUCCAGCUUCUCAAGGCCAUUGAUGCAAUAGACAACUGGGAGGAUCUGACUGAGUUAGGUCACCACCUUGCUGAUCUACCAGUAGAGCCUAGAUUAGGCAAGAUGAUGCUGUACUCCAUCGUACUCAAGUGCCUUGAUCCUGUGCUGACUAUAGUGUGUGCUCUGGCUUACAGGGAUCCAUUCGUUUUGCCAAACCAUCCCUCCGAGAAGCGAGCAGCAAUGGCCGUCCGUAAGAAGUACGCUGCCAAUACCUACAGCGACCACAUGGCCUUACUCAGAGCAUUCCAGGCGUGGCAGAGAGCUCGUAGUGAUGGUUGGGAGAGAGCAUUCUGCGUCAGGAACUAUUUGUCUCAGGCCACCAUGGAGAUGAUAGUAGGAAUGAGGACCCAGCUUCUAGGCCAGCUCAGAGCUUCUGGAUUUGUGCGAGCUCGAGGACCGGGAGACAUCCGAGAUCUGAACACCAACUCUGAGAACUGGGCAGUGGUAAAGGCGUCGCUGUGUGCCGGCAUGUACCCUAACAUCAUCAAGGUGGACCGGGAGAGAAAACAACUUACAACUCAGACAGAGAGCAAGAUCCGAUUCCAUCCCAACUCGGUGCUACACGAUUCCUCCAAUAACAAGCUAUCAAUGGGUAUGGCACAACAAGGGAUCAUAGAUUCUUUACCCACUGAUUGGCUGAUCUACGAGGAAAUGACAAGGUUCCACCGCCACACGAGUAUCCGCUGCACAACCAUUGUUUCCCCCCUCGCAGUGGCGCUCUUCACCGGCCCGUCUCGUCUUCCUCAAGAUGCCCUCGUUCAGCCGGAAGACAACAUCGCCAACGGAGCCAACCAGGACGACAGCGACAGCGAUGCUGACGACGAGGAGAAAGGUCAAAGGGCAGGACUGAAACUAGACGACUGGAUCGUUCUCAGGGCAGACACAGAGGCUGCUAAUCUAGCACUGUUACUCAGACAGAAGUGGCACACAUUGUUCCUACGGAGGAUGCGCAUGCCAGCUAAACCAUGGACACCGGGCGAUGAGGCUGUCUUGAGAACCAUUGUCAAAGUUCUUAGCAAUGAAGAGCAGGCAUUAGGAUUGCAGCAACCUGUUGGUGUUGGUCAGCGCCCAAAGCCCAUGGCUAUGGAUCAUUUCAAUAACACCCCGCCCCGACGGAGCGUUGGUAAUAGGUUCAAUCAACAAGCUCAUCAGAAUAACCAAGGUUCACGGAUGGCAAGUACCGUAUCCAACGACAGAGUGCAAGAAUUCAGACCAUCAGGCAAUAAAAAACAUUGGGGUUGUUCUUCUCCUCCAAACCAAACCAAAACUCCUGCUUCAAGUAAGCCAGCUUCUACCCUGAACGCCUCAGCUCCUGCCUGGCAAGGGAAGGCAUCUUACAGUGGUGGCAGUAGUGGAAAUGCUGGUGGCAGAGGUGAGAUUUCUGGUGGCAGCAGUGGGACUACUGGUGGCAGCAGUGGGAUAACUAGUGGCGGCAGCAGGAUGAAGGCUGCAGGAGGUGUUGAGGCUUAUGGAGGGCAGCAAGUACCACAGUGUCCUGAUAGCUCAUUGAAUGCAGUAAGAUACUUCAUCAUGAAGUGUCACGAUCCCUUCAAUAUUGAGCUGUCAUUUCACAAUGGGUUAUGGUGUGUGUCUCCAACUACUGCAAAAAUACUAAGCAGUGCAUUCCAAACGUCCCAAGCUAUCUUCCUGUUCUUUGCAAUCCAAGGCAGUAAUCACUUUCAGGGAUUUAGCAAGAUGACGUCGGACAUUCGCUAUUCACAGACUGUGGAGUGGAGAGAUGGCUCCAUGAGGAACGGCGCUGAAGUUGGCGUGCAGUGGAUCAAAAGAGCCAAUGUCAGCUUCAACCAGACACGGUUUUUGCUCAACCAGAAAGUGCAGAUGAACAGAGACGGUCAGGAAUUGGAGCCCUCUGUUGGUGAAAAGCUUCUGCAGUUGUGGGCCAGGGUAGCAACGUGCCAGGCAGCCAACAACCCACAAACAGCACCCUCUUGGGGUCAAGAGUUUAAUAAAGGUCAGCAAGAUUUCAGAGGUCAGCAUCAACUGAACCCCGAUUCUCAACACCCCAAUCGGUCCAACAGUCCCCAGGGAUCAACCUUGCCUGGUCAGAACUGGUCAGCAGAGGGCGGGCUUCAACCAAUAGCUCAUUCGUCCCCGGCGUACUACCAGGGUCCGGCUGCGUAUUGUAAGAAGGGAACGAAAACCACAGAGGGCGUUGUUGAUGAAUACCCCAGCGGAGAGAGGAAUUCAACGACUAGUUGGACGUGGUCGGCAGAUGAUGGGAGUGAAGGCGGUGUGGUCGCCAGUGAAAGUGAUCACCAGCCGCCCGGAGGUUACUAUUCAACUCACUAAGUGCCUUAUGAUGUUGUAAAGUGUUCCUAUAAGGAUUUUAAAGUAGUUCAUGUUUCAAAUGCUUUUGAUUAUUAUAAAGGAUAAAUUGAACCAAGUAUUAAUCAAAGCUGAUUUUGGACCUUCAAUCGAAGCGUCAUCAGAGAUAAUUUUAUUGUGAACUUUCUAUGAAUGUAUUAUAAUGUUGUUUAUUUCUCAUAUUUGAGGUUAAACCAAACUUCAUUUAGACAUUUUAAAAAGACUACAGGCUGAAUGCAGUGAUGGUAGAAACUUGAAUCACUGACUCCAUUUCAAAUCCCUUAAUCAGGUCAUUGAUUUGUCAAGAUUUUGCGUGAUUUCAAGAAUUUUUAUUUGACACCCUGGGCCCUAAAUUUGCCUUCGGCUCUUUUGUAUAAUGACCAAACCAUCCGACCUCUAAGUGAAAUAAUUUUGAGAGUCUGAAAACCUCUAAAUUUUGUCACAGGUUUGGAUAUUUUCCAUUGUAAACCAAGUUAUCACAUUUGACGUGAUUAAAUUUAAAGGCAGUGAACACUAUGGUAAUUACUCAAAAUAAUUAUCAUCAUAAAACCUUAUGAUUAC